UGUCAGGCGGUUCUUUCCAGCAGCGUCGGUGUUGCACAGUCUAUGGUGUUGCAGCAGAGCUUCAGGAUCCGCUGUGACCGCAGUCUGAGAGGCUGAACCCCGCACAGCGUCAGACCCUACACCCCGCAAACCACCGCACAGCCCGCCAUGAGCCCCGCGUGCUCCUGAAACACGCGCAGAUAUCUAAGAGAUCCUCUGUCCAUUCAGAGGAGAGCUGGAGGAGGAUGAGGAGGAUGCUGAGCACUGCAGCAGACAUGCCGGGCCCGCUCCUCAUCACACUGAUCGCCCUCCUAUUCACCUGUGACGCCUUCAGACUGGGUUCCACUCAGCGGGUCAUCCCCCUCGGUCCUCCGCUGGCUCGUCUGUUCCAGGACGAAGGUCAGUCCCAGCUGGACUUCAUCCAGGAAUUAGUCCGCACCAAACGCCACUCCGUCCCUGAGCUAGUGAGGGUCCAGCCUCACCUGGUCCAUGACAUGGGCUGGCCGGAGAUCCACGAGACCUCCCGCUCCCAGGGCAAGGUGGACACAGCUAACUCCUCCCAGUUAAACCCUCCAUCUUCAACCAACCAGGGUCAGAGCAGGAGUGGCGGGGACGAAAACAUGGACGUGGAGGACGAGAUGGAGCGUAUGGUUCACCUGGUGGCUCCUCAGGACGCUGAAAGCUUCAGGGGACCCUCGGACUCCUCCGACCCAGAGAGGGAGCCGGUCGGUGGGCCGGGAGCUGGAGACGCCUCCCUGGAAGCUUCUGGCUUUUACGGGACAGACGCAGAGGACAGAGAGAGAGGGGAGGAGGGGGGAGAGGACAGAGAGAGGAGAGGGGGAGACGUCAGAGAAGAGGAUGAAGAGGAAGAAGAGAGGGGAGGAGAAAGAGACGAUCAUGACAACCGUGAAGUGGACGCUUUAGAGGGAAACCACACAACGCCAGAUCUGGACUCCCUGAUUGGUUACAGCCCACCUUUUCACCUCUUCACUUCCAAACAGCCCGAUUUCUCCGUCCACACUGAGGAGCAGGAUCCUGGUCUUCAGGAGCACCUGGCUCCUUCAGUCCUGGAGGUGGGUCCUCUAGAGAGAGAGUUGUGGGAGGCAGAGAAGGAGGACGAUGGUCAUGCCAGUGGUUAUGGCGUCCUUCACUCUUCCAUCACUACGCCCGGUGCCACACCUUCUCCUACAUCUGCUGCUGAUGGAGACUCUGCAGGAACCGUGACCCCAGAGACGGACACAGGAACAGACUUCGGCCUGCUGGGAAGUUACACCAAAGAUGAGGAGACAGAGAAGGAGGAGGAGGAGGAGGAGGAGGGGGAGGAGGAAACAGGACUGGCAAACAAAGGCGUAUUUACCCUGAAUCCCACAGUGCCAGAGGUUGGCCUGGCGCCCAGCAGAGAGCCUCUGCAGCCCAGCGUGGAGGAGGAGGAGGAGCACAAGAUAAGGACGAUUGGACCCAAAGACAAAGGGGAUGAGUUGGAGGAGGAUAGGUGGAGGACGUUUGAAGAAACAGGAAUUCGACCGAUCCUCCCGCUCACCACCGAGCCCUCCAACACCGCAGACUCCACUCGGCCGUCCUGGGAUUGGUCAGAAAAGACCACGCCGCUCCCCGUCACAGAGGUGGUGUGUUUGGACUGGAGCGAGCUGACUGAACGAGGAUACGUCUUCCUCAACAUGACUCAAAACCUCAACUGUGAGGAGUUUCGUGUGGAUCACGGCGUCCGCUUGUUGAGGAUCUUAGAGCGAGUGUUUGCACGAAGAAUGAACAGCCCCGAGGGAUCAUGGGUACUCUACCUGAGCAAGCCGACACACCAACAACACCAGCUGCUGAUGAACGUGGCGUCCGAGCAAGGAGUCAUCGCCACCAAAGAUGUGCUGGACAUGCUGGGACAGAUAAGGAAGAGUCUGAACAAGGUGGGGAUCCAGAACUACAGCGCUGCAGGUAGCUGUCAGUCUACGCCCAGACAGACACGCAGCGACUAUGGGAAGCUGUUUGUGGUUCUGGUGAUCAUCGGCUCCGUGUGCAUGGUCAUCAUCACGUCAGGAUUCAUUUACAUAUGCUGGCAGAGACGACUACCGGCGACUAAGACGAAUUUCCGUGCUGAGGAACUUCACUUCGUGGAGAACGGCUGCCACGACAACCCCACGCUGGACGUGGCCAAUGACAGCCAGCCAGAGAUGCAGGAGAAAAAGCUGAGCGCCAACGGGCUCGCAGGGGGGGGAGAAGGAGGCGGGGAGGACAGCAAACGCUGGCAGGUGUUUGUAAAUCAAGCAGCGACCGACGAUGAUGAGGAGGAGCAGGACACACAUCUCUGAUUGUCCAAGAGGAAGAAGAGGAGAUGGGCUGUGAAGGACGAUACAGAAGAGGAGGAGGAGGAGGAGGAAAUGAAAUGUCUGUAAGAGAGAAGACAGAAAAGGAAAAGGAGGAAAGGACAAAAGGGGAAGGGUCACUGAGGUGUUGUCCAAUCAGAGCGAAGCUAGGAGGAGUUCAUAACGUCAGUGUGGAUGUUCGACAUCGGGGUUAAAAAACAGAUUCAAAUUGAUACGAAACUCAGAGAAGCAGAAGAACAAAACGACAGCCAACCUCUCUCUCUCUCUCUCUCGCCCUAACUGAUCACCUGCAGACUCCCAACACGUACGCGACAGGUAGAGAACGAGCAGAGACAGAAAUACAGUGUAUAUCUGAAAUCUACCCCGAUGUCUGACUC